AUGGAUCUAUCAUCUUGGGCACUACCCCAGCUCUCGAAGCUUCUUCCUCUUGAUGACGAGUCGCUGAAGCAGAUCAUAUCAUAUACAGACUCGCUCUCUCAGAAGGAAGCAGCAGACCAUCUCCAGAAUUUACUCGGAGAUAGCCCACAAGCACUUGAGUUCAUUACUUCUUUCAACAACCGGAGGAAACCCAAGAGUUCCGCUGGUGCACGCCAGAACCAGCCGUUGAAUGACAUUUCAGAAGUACCAAAGUCAAAGCCUAAGAAAAAGAAGCAAACCGGGCUGAAUAAACUCCCGCCACCGCGACAACCAGAUAACUAUGGAAAUGUUUCCGGUGCGUACAUGAAGAAGGAUGAGGAGGACUACAUGGCAGGUAGUUCAAAAGCGAAAGCGGCCAAGUUCGGACUUUCGGAACAGCCAGAUGCUUUGCAGCUGCCAAAAUCGACUGCGUCAUCAGGAGCAGCGACACCAAAGUCUCGUGGUGUCUCCCCUGCUCCCUCAGCCGCGAAACUUCCAGGCACUGUGGUGGGGGAAACCAAGCCCAAACCUAAACCCAAGGCCAAGGUCAAUGUUACCGGUGGCACACCAAUGCAUGGCGCGUCAACAGCACUGGACGACCUAGAGUCAGCCAUCAGAGCGCUGGAAAUUCAGACGAAUCCUACUUUAGCCACCCAAGACAACAGCAAGCGGAAAUGCAACUGCAUGGCCACUAGGCAUCCGCUCCUAGAAGCUGCGCCGAAUUGUUUGAAUUGCGGCAAGAUCAUCUGUGUAAAAGAAGGUAUCGGCCCAUGUACUUUCUGCAAUUCUGCACUCUUGAGUCCCCAAGAUAUCCAGUCCAUGGUGCGCAUUCUUCGUGACGAACGUGGGAAAGAGAAGAUGGCUGUAAAUAAUGCCGGCCAGAAGCGCGCCGAAGUAUCAUUGGCGCCUCGCCCUUUUUCCACUCCCCGUGGUCCUACGCCCACAUCUUCCAAUCCUGCCUCAGAUGUAGAAUCAGAGAAUGAGAAGCUUGCCAAAGCGAAACAACACAGAGAUAAGCUACUGGCCUUCCAGGCACAAAAUGCGAAGCGAACUCAAGUCCAUGAUGAGGCUGCAGAUUUCGAGACCACAAGCGCCGGACUGAGCAUGUGGGCCAGCCCGCAGGAACGUGCCAUGCAGCUCAAGCGCCAACAAAAGGCCCUAAGAGAUCAAGAAUGGAAUGCACGGCCCGAGUAUGAGAAGCGCAAAGUUGUUGCCAGCAUUGACCUUUCCGGCAAGAAGCUCGUUCGGCGCAUGGCUGCUGCAGAGCGACCUGCUACACCAGAGAGCGAAGAUGAACCUUCUGAAUCCAAUCAAGGCCCAGCAGAUGGAAAUACCCUGUCGAGUGGCGGUGGCGCGUUCAGCAGGAACCCACUGUUGGGUAGCCUGAUCCGACCAACCAUUAAGAUCGACGAGGGUAAAGGAAAAGAGAAGGGUGGUGAAAGGAGACAAACAUGGCGGCGAGUACAAGAUGACAACGACGACAAUGAGCAAUGGAUCUUAGAUGGUGGCGUUUAUGGCUCCAGAGCAGAUAAUGUCGGUUUAGAGACGGAUGGGCUUCGAUAA